AUGGAGAUGAGGAGCAAUAAAGAUGCAGAGCAAAUCUCUUCCUUGCCUUUUAACCCCUCCUCUCUGUCCCUGGCAGGGAUUUUUGCCUUCAAGUGCUCCCGAGCAGAGGAGAUCUUCAACCUCCUGCAGGAGCUGAUGCAGUGCAACAGCAUCAAUGUGGUGGAGGAGCCCGUUGUGAUCACCAGGAACAGCCACCCCUCGGAACGAGAGCCGGCCCGGACCCCCCAGGCAAACCCCAGUGAGACCCCAUUGACAACCCCAUUGACAACCCCACUGGUGACCCCACUGGCGACCCCACUGGCGACCCCACUGGCGACCCCAUUGGUGACCCCAUUGACAACGUCAUUGGCGACCCCUUUGGCGACCCCAUUGUCGACCCCGUUGGCGACCCCAUUGGCGACCUCAUUGUCUCUGCUCCCUCCUCCUUUCACUGUCCCUCUGCUUCUCUCCUUGCAGUCCCACACCUACGUCAACACGGCCGGCGCGGAGCCGGAGCCGAGGGGCCGCCACUGCAUGCACUCCUUGCCUGAAGCCCACCCUCCUUUCCCCCCUAGGAACCAUGGCCGUUCUCUGGAAGACCGCAACCCCCAGGUCUUCYUGCAGCCGGGGGAGGUGAAAUUCGUGCUGGCUCCCAGCUCUGGUUACCGCCGGCUGUGCCGGCAGCCCCGGGAAUGCCGGCAGCACCUCUGCCCCGCCAACAACAACAACAACGACGACGACGAGUGGCGGGAGGGCUGCGGGUCCCCUCGGUGCGUUUACGAGAACCUCAACGGGCUGGUGGCUCCCGGCGCCGUGUCCCUGUGCCGGUCCGGCCGCUCCAAGGAAGGGAACUGCUGCCAUCGGCGCUCGGCSCUGCUGCACUACGAGAACCUGCCGGCGCUGCCGCCGGUGUGGGAGCUCCAGCCGGGCCGGCCGGGGGAUGAGGACACCGGCACGGCCCCCACGCCGUCCCCGAACGGCUUCUCGGAGGCUGGCGAGGAGGAGCCUUUACAGAACGCGGCGGGCUCGGGGAGCUCGGCUCCACAGCCACGCCGCAGCUCCUUCCUGCCCCGAGCGCGCCGCAGCCGCCUGCCCAACGUCUUCAGCUUCGACUUCCCGCGGCCSUGCCCGGAGCCUCCUCGGCAGCUCAACUAUAUCCAGGUGGAGCUGGAGCCGGAGCCGUGCCAGGCCCGCCGGGAGCAGCCCCGGGAGCCGCCCGCUGCCAGCCCCGGCGCCCGUCGCAGCGGCUCCUACGCCGUCAUCGACCUCAAGAAGACGGCAGCCAUGUCCAGCCUGCAGCGGGCGCUGCCCAGGGACGACGGCACCUCGAGGAAAACGCGGCACAACAGCACCGACCUGCCCCUGUGAGGGUCCCCGAGUGGAAAAUGUGCCACAACAGCACCGACCUGACCCUGUGAGGGUCCCCGAGUGGAAAAUGUGCCACAACAGCACCGACCUGACCUUGUGAGGGUCCCCGAGUGGAAAAUGUGCCACAACAGCACCGACCUGCCCUUGUGAGGGUCCGCGAGUGGAAAAUGUCCCACAACAGCACCGACCUGCCCCUGUGAGGGGCUAAAAUGGAAAAUGCGCCAUGACAGCACCUGUGAGGGGCCAAAAUGGAAAACGCACCACAACAGCACCGACCUGCCCCUGUGAGGGGACAAAAUGGAAAAUGUGCCACAACAGCACCGACCUGACCUUAUGAAGGGAAACGUGGCACGACGCACUUGUGAGGGGCCAAAAUGGAAAAAAUGCGCCACUACAGCACCUGUGAGGGGCACCUCGAGGAAAACGCGCCACAGCAGCACCAACCUGACCUUGUGAGGGGCCAAAAUGGAAAAAACGCGCCACUAUAGCACCUGUGAGGGGCCAAAAUGGAAAAAACGUGCCACUAUAGCACCUGUGAGGGGCCAAAAUGGAAAAAACGUGCGACAACAGCACCGACCUGCCCCUGUGAGGGGCCAAAAUGAAAAAAAACGCGCCACUGCAGCACCUGUGAGGGGCCACAAGUGGAAAAUGCGCCACAGCAGCACCGACCUGCCCCUGUGAUGGGACAAAAUGGAAAAUGCGCCACAGCAGCACCGACCUGCCCCUGUGAUGGGACAAAAUGGAAAAUGUGCCACAACAGCAUCGACCUGCCCCUGCGAGGGGACAAAAUGGAAAAUGUGCCACAACAGCAUCGACCUGCCCCUGUUGAGGGGCCACA